AUUACGUAAGUAAGAAACCAAAAUUCCAAAAAAAGUAAAUCCCUCUGCUCCCUAACUGCUAAAAAAAAGGAGUAUUUAAUAUUCGAAUCUUCUAAACCUAGAAUUUGCCUUAAAAUUUGGAGCUUAAAGAACUACUCCAUUAGUUUAAUCCAUCCUUGUUUCUUAUAUUUCAAAUAUAUCAUCAGUUUCAGAGUCUAAUAAUCUCAAGAAAUAUGAGCACUUUGACAACUUCUUUGCUUCCAUUGAAGCUCACCACUGGAAAAGAAAGCUCUGCAUUUGUGUACAGAAGUAGAAGACGACAGUCCAAAAAGAGUCAAUCCAUUGUUCCUGUGGCAAGGUUAUUUGGACCAUCUAUUUUUGAAGCAUCAAAGUUGAAGGUUCUAUUCUUAGGUGUUGAUGAGAAAAAGCAUCCAGGAAAGCUUCCAAGAAGAUACACACUUACACAUAGUGAUAUUACCUGCGAUCUCACUCUUGCCGUUUCUCAGACCAUCAAUAACUCUCAGUUAGAAGGAUGGUAUAAUAGAUUGCAAAGGGAUGAAGUGGUUGCAGAAUGGAAGAAAGUUAAAGGCAAGAUGUCCCUUCAUGUUCAUUGUCACAUUAGUGGAGGCCAUUUCUUGUUAGACUUUGUUGCUAGGCUCAGAUACUAUAUUUUCUGCAAGGAACUUCCUGUGGUAUUGAAGGCAUUUGUUCAUGGAGAUGGGAAUUUGCUUAAGAAUUACCCAGAGUUGCAAGAUGCUUUAGUUUGGGUUUAUUUCCACUCAAAUAUUUCAGAAUUUAACAAAGUGGAUUGCUGGGGUCCACUCAAAGAAGCAUCCUCACUCUCUUCUACUACUACUACCACCACCACUACUACUUCAUCUAGUGAAUUAGGUGAAAUCCAAAUGGCUAAUACAACAACUACAAGUAAUUACAGCUUGGAUUUACCACAGCCAUGUAAAGGUUCUUGCACAUGUUGCUUCCCCUCAAUGAGCUUGAUAUCCUGGUCAUCUUCAUCUUCUAAUCUCUCUAGGCCUAAAUUAGAGCAAUAAACCUAAAGAAAUGAUUCUAUAUUGGUCUAUAAACUUUACUAGAUUGAUGUAUUUUAUUGUCAUUGUAGGACUGGUAAAAAGGAUAGUAGUAAUUCUUUAUUCUACAUGUAAAUAAUUCAAGUGCCCUGGGUUAAGAACAAAAAUACCCAUGUGGGAUUGGCAAUAAAGAUGGUAGAUACAUUUUCUUCUUCU